AUGGGAUUAGAAGACACUAUUGAGCCUACAGAAUUGUAUGAAAUUGAAGAAUGUGUUGGUAGAGGAAAUUUUGGUGAUGUUUAUAAAGCUGUUGAUAAGAAAUCAUCCAAAGUUGUUGCUAUUAAGGUUGUUAAUUUAGAAGAAACAGAUGAUGAAAUUGAUGUAUUAGUUCAAGAGAUUUCAUUCUUGUCUCAGUUGAGAUCAAAUUAUAUCACAAACUAUUAUCAAACGUUUGUUAGAGAUGUAUGCAUGUGGAUUGUUAUGGAAUAUUGUGGUGGUGGUUCUUGUGCUGACUUGUUAAAAUGCCACAAGUUCUUGAAUGAAGAUGUUGUUUGUUUUAUUGUUCGUGAAACUUUGAAAGGAUUAGAGUAUUUACAUUCGGAAAGGAAGAUCCAUAGAGACAUAAAAGCUGCAAAUAUCUUGUUAACAUCAAGUGGGAAUGUCAAAUUAGCAGAUUUUGGAGUCUCUGGUCAAAUAACUGCAACUCAUGUUAGAAAAGAUACUUUUGUCGGAACCCCAUUUUGGAUGGCACCUGAAAUCAUUACACGUAAAACAGGCUAUAAUGAAAAAGUUGAUAUUUGGUCUUUAGGUAUAACCACAAUUGAGUUAGUCACUGGGUCUCCGCCUUAUUCUGAUCAUGAACCAAUGAAGAUUUUAUUUCAAAUUCCAAAGAAUCCUGCUCCUUUAUUAACAGGUUCCACAUAUAGUGAUUACUUAAAGGAAUUUGUUAGAUUUUGUUUGAUUAAGAACCCAUCACAUAGACCAUCAGCUUCAAUCUUGUUGAAAACAAAGUUCAUCAGGCAAUGCAGAAGACAUAUCAAUUUGGUUCCAUUGAUACAACAGAAGGAUAAAUGGAUGCAAACACAUAGACCAAAUGCUAAGAAACCAAGAUAUCAUAUUGACGAUAAAUUGUAUACAAAGAGUGAAGCAAGUUUUAAAUGGAAUUUCACAAACACCAAAAGACAAAAACGUGCAUCACAUACAAAUUCAGAUCUUGAAAAUAUCUAUAAAGAGUUGAUGGAAUCUAGUCGUCCUAAUAGCGCUGGUGAUUCCACAGUUGAUGAAAUAAGUCCAGUGACUUGUGUUGACUCUUCAGAAACUGAUUUAACUUCACCAGAGUACAAUAAAGAGGAAGAGAAUGGGCAAAAAGACCAAGCAGAUAAACUACAACAAAUUGACUAUUUAAAUGAAGUUGUUUUGCAUUGCUUCAAAAGAGUUCAUCAUAGGGCGAAGACAUCAGAUACCAAAGAUGCUGUUUCGAAUCUUGGAAAGCAGUUUGUUUUAGCUGAAAGGACCCAGCCUGGAUUGGCUGAAGCAUUAUCGGAGGAGAUUUGGUUAAGAAUGUGUCGCUUAAGAGGUGAUUCUAACUCUUUAAUUUGAGUUCUCAUUAUUGUAUAGUUCUAUGUACUUUUGUUAAUUGAUUAUUUCUUCAUGUUUCGCGAAACCGUGUACUACAGUAUACAUAACAUCUCGCCUAGAAGAACUACAAUCAAACUAAAUUAGAGGAAAUAAACUAGAAAUCUUCUUUAUGGAAUGGAGAUUUGUCAGUGGGUCAUUUUCUUGAAGUUAGUUAUGGCGUUUCACAAGGGAUCUCAAAUUCUGAAAAGCCUCGCGUAAAUUACGACUGUCACAAAAACAAAAGUUGAACCACAAAAAGCAUACAGACGACAAGUUGUUUCUCACUACUCAUUUCAGUCUAUUGAUAACCAUCAUAGAUAAAAGAAAACAAGUUUCCAUAAAAUCAAACAUG